UUUAUUUCAUAUUUACUCGUAUGAACAAUAGAAGAAUAUUUUAAGGUGAAGGAGUUGCCAAUAGAACAGCAUAGAAAGAAAAAUUGAUUCUCAUGUUUUCUAUGGGAAUUUCUUCUCUCCCCAGCGUACAUCAAAUAAUCUUCUCCAUUGAACACACUACCAAAUUGCUAAAAACUUUAGCAGACAAUAAGAACCUCAAAUUUGGAAAAAUCAUACAUGCCCUUUUGAUUGUAUCCAAUCAAGCCUCUGAAUGCCAUGUUGUCCACCAUAAUUCUCUUAUUGGUCUUUACUCGAGGUGUGGCCAGCUCCCCGUUGCCCGCCAUCUGUUCGACAGAUUGCAUGCACGAAACAUAGUUUCCUGGAGUGCUAUAAUGGCAGGGUAUUUCCGCAGUGGUUUUGUGGAUGAUGUUCUUGAACUGUUCAAAGACAUGAUUGCAGUGGGCAGUUUGCGUCCAAAUGAGUAUGUUUUAUCGACAGUUCUAUCUUCUUGUUCAAGCAGUGGUUUGUUUGAUGAGGGGCGGCAGUGUCAUGGGUAUGUGGUGAAGUCCGGGUUGUUGUCUCAUCAGUAUGUGAAGAAUGGGCUUGUCAGCAUUUACUCGAUUUCUUCAGAUGUGGAAGGAGCUAUGAGGGUAUUGGAUUCGGGAUCGGAUAAUGUCACUUACAAUUCUUUUAUCAAUGGCCUUUUGGAUGGCGAGUAUGUAAGUGAAGCAUUGGGUAUUUUGAAAAGAAUGGUGGGUGAUGGCUUAAAAUGGGAUAAUGUCACAUAUGUUAAUGCUUUUGGUAUCUGUGCUCGGCUUAAGAAUUUGAAUUUUGGUUUGCAAGUGCAUGGCAAGUUAUCGAAGUCCAGUGUAGAGUUUGAUUUCUUUAUUGGUAGUGCAAUAAUGGACAUGUAUGGAAAAUGUGGUGAAAUUUUUUCUGCAAGAAAAAUCUUUGACUCUCUACAAACUCGAAAUGUGGUCUCUUGGACUACAUUGAUGGCUGCUUACUUGCAGAGUGAGUGCUUUGAGGAAGCACUGAAAAUGUUCCCACAAAUGGAUAUGCAGGGUGUUUCGCCAAAUGAAUACACUUUUGCGGUAUUGCUGAACGCUUGUGCUAGUCUAGCAGCACUUGGGUAUGGAAAUUCAUUACAUGCAUAUGUUGAGAAGACGGGAUAUAAGGAUCACAGUAUUGUUGGGAACGCUUUGAUCAAUAUGUACUCAAAGUGUGGCCUCAUUGAAGCUGCUCGUACAUUGUUUUUAAAUAUGGUUUACCGAGAUACAGUGACUUGGAAUUUGAUAAUAUCUGGUUUAUCACAUCAUGGAUUUGGCGAGGGUGCGAUUAACAUGUUUAAGAGAAUGUUGGCUUCCAAAGAACAGCCAAAUUAUGUAACUUUUAUAGGAGUUUUAUCUGCUUGUGGGCACUUGGGUCAAGUAGACGAAGGUUUCUACUAUUUGAACCAUCUAAUGAGGGAAAUGAACAUUAAGCCCGGGUUGGAGCAUUAUACCUGCGUUGUUAGCCUUCUAGGUAAGGCUGGAAGACUCAACGAAGCCGAGAACUUUAUGAGGUCCACAUCUAUCACAUGGGAUGUUGUUGCCUGGAGGACUUUGCUUAAUGCUUGCCAUGUCUAUCGAAAUUACGCUUUAGGUAAGAGGGUUGCGGAACUUAUGUUGAAUAUGUAUCCUUAUGAUGUGGGAACCUAUGUCCUGUUGUCUAACAUGCAUGCUAGAGUGAAGAGGUGGGAUGGAGUUGCAAGGAUGAGGAAGCUUAUGAGGGAAAGGAAUGUCAAAAAGGAACCUGGAAUAAGCUGGACAGAAAUUAAGAGUAACACCCACAUCUUUGUUUCUGGUGAUAACAUGCAUCCAGAGACUGUUCGGGUUCGUGAGAAGGUAAGAGAGUUGUUGAACAUGAUAAAACCGUUAGGUUACAUCCCCAAUAUAGCUUCUGACCUGCACGAUGUUGAGGAGGAACAGAAAGAAGAUUACCUUAGCUAUCAUAGCGAGAAAUUGGCUAUUGCGUAUGCUCUCUUGAAGACACCUCCUCAUGCACCGGUUCGUGUGAUUAAGAACCUACGUACGUGUGAUGAUUGUCAUUCUGCAGCAAAACUUAUUGCAAUGGUCACGCGUAGAGUUAUAAUUAUUAGAGAUGCUAACCGUUUCCAUCGCUUCCAUGAUGGAUUAUGUUCCUGUGCUGAUUACUGGUGAUAACUGUGCCCCAAUACAUCUGAUAUGGAUUGGAUUGGAUUAAAUUGAUUGGC